AUGCAGUACCAUAUCCUCCAAUCAGUGACAUUCACCACAAUGUCUUCAUUCCUCUUCUUCUCUAUUAGCUGCGUACCAAGUUGUCCUCUCAGGAGAUCCAGCAGUUUGCUACUCUUCUUCAUGAGUACCGUAACGGAGCGUCCGUCCAUGAGUUCUGUAUCAACCUCCGCCUGCUUUACGGGGACAGCAGGAAGUUCCUCCUACUGGGUGAGAACCACUUCCUGGGUCACGGUGUCAAAAGUCACAGGUCAAACCUGGGGGCGUGUUCAGCUCAGCAGCAGGCACCAAACAACUGGACGAAGUGUUUAGAAAUGUACCUGUCUGAGCUUGACCGUUUUGCUACGUUGUGCCUUACUGAACACAACACUGCUGUUGUUGUUUUUUAUCUGCCAAACAAUCAAUGAAAAGACAGUCAGGGUACAUGAUGGAUAUAGGAGUAUGUUUUGCACACUUUAACUGUGCAUUUUCAUUGUGGCCCUCCUGUUCUCAAUCCUUUCUCUCCUCCCUCCCAUGUCUGAAGCCGUUUAUCCAAGAGGAGGACAGCCAUCACUUUGAGAACUUCCUGUUUAACACAUACAAUAAAUUAUACCCUCUCCCCCCCUCCCCCCUCUACCCCUGUCUCUCCUCCUCUUCCUCCUCCCCCUCUCCCUUCCUCUCCUCCUCUCACUCCCAGGCCUGAGGCCCUUCAUCCCAGAGAAGGACAGCCAGCACUUUGAGAACUUCCUGGAGACCAUCGGAGUUAAGGACGGCCGUGGCAUCAUCACCGACAGCUUCGGACGCUACCGCCGUUCCGCCUCCGACCCAACCACCAAUGGGAACGGGGCGGCGGGAGGAGGCAGGUCUGAUGAAGGAGAUGAGUGGGACCGCAUGAUCUCUGAUAUCAGCAACGAUAUCGAGGCGCUAGGGGUCCGUGUGGAACAAGACUGA